AUGCCUUCCUCCAACCCAGACUUUCGCGGCAUCGGCGCCUGGCAAUCCAACAUCAAGAUCCCAAAGGACACUGUGCUUAAAAUCGGCAGCAAGUCCACCGGCACUUCGUCCAAGACCUAUACGAAAAGCAAGAGUUCCCCGACGUUCGUGAAGUCCACCAGUUCGUCCCCGUGGUCCAGUGUCAACAGGCGGACCUAG